GGCCGCCACCCUGGGUAUGCCGACCAACAUUAAGUUAUUAACCGACCUUUACCAUCUUGACCAUCUGGGCCCCUGAUUAGCGAGCGUCUUUUAGUCCGAUAUGCACAGGACUAUCAAUUUAGUAAUAGUGUUUCGCCCCCCGUCGCUGGCUGCUCCCGGCAGCCUGGGACGCCCGUGCUUUUUUUCCUUACCCUUUUCUUUUUUUCUCCCUUUAUUUCUGUCGCUAUGGAUUCUGAUUAGUCCGGCAGCUACUGUACCCAGUAACCUGGCACCAAUGCCCAGCGGGAGGGGCCAUUACAAAAAGAAAAAGCAGAAAAAGGAAGAAACAAGACGGGCCGGAGGAAAAAAAAAGGCAGAUCUUAAUGACCUACUGAUGAAUGCGUUGUCAAUCUCCCCCGGCCUGGCCGCAAUAAUUGAACGCUAGUGUAUGUCUUCCCCUCAUACUGAGAAAAAAAAAAGAGGCUACCUAAUUUGAAACCACGGUCAAGUCCGACCUGAAGGAAUGGGAGACGAUCCUCAAGUCGCUUCAGAUUCAGGUGAUCAUGGAACCCCUUCCGGGAACCCAAAGGAUCGGAGGGCCAUUCGUCUGCGG